UGGGUAUCGUGGCAUAGGUAUUGACGCGUUACUGCACCCAGGAAGGUCACUCAUGAUAUGAAUCGAGGAUAUGGAGCAGAGCACACUUGCAACUCAUGCAAGAAUACUAGUUGCUCCGUUUUUGCCACAUCCCUUCCUAAUGUUGUUGUGCGCUUUGAUGUUGUCUUCAAGUUGGCGUCGAGGAGUGAACUACUGUCAAUCCAAGGAUGACACGCGCUGCUGGAGGCCGACGGCAAGGAGAUUUGGAUGUAUGAUCAACGGCGAAUCUGCUGAAUGGGAUGCUAGACAAUUGAAUAGACGGUAUUAGCGCCACAGGGAGAGGACCGAGUUGGAAAAUGUUGAAAGGACGCUGAGUCGUGGCGUAGGCGAAUGGGUAUGCUUACCAAUCUCUGGAGGUCGAAUCCGGGUUGUGCUGCGCCAGUCUGUGCUAACGAGAAGGGAAGAGAUCCAGCAUACGAGAGAAAAUGCGCAAGU